CUCAACCCCGGUGCCACGGAAGGCGGCGGCAUUGGAUCGACAUGUCUCGGGAUUCAGGGAGGCGCUCAAGGGACUGGAGGCCCUCGACGUUAAGGAUCAGCUCGGGGAUUGCGCAGUGGUAUACCACGCCACGCGACUCCUAGAUCGCGUGACGCGCGAGCAGUGGGAGAACUCGGUCGGAGCUACGCGAGACUACCCCACGUUCGAGAAGCUUGACGAGUUUCUGACGACACGGAUCAGGGCUCUCGAACGGAUCGAGAGUACGACAGCUCAGCCUGGUCCCAGUACAGCCUCCUCACCAUCCAGGAAGUCGGCAGCUCAGCAAGUGGCUCAUCAGGCGACUAACCAGGGCGACACGUCGUACCCGUGCGACUGCUGCAACGCUCCCCAUUUCAUCGUGAUGUGCAGCAAAUUCCGGGCGCUACCACCAUUCGAGCGGCACACAGUGGCGAUACAGAAGCGGUUGUGCUUCAAUUGUCUGGGACGCCACAGCGUGCGAGCAUGCAAGUCCCAGCGGGGGUGCAAGAAGUGCUCUCAGCGGCAUCAUACGAUGCUCCACGAUGCAUCUGCAACAACACCGACCGCUCAAAAGCCUUGCAGCUCGUCGGCCUUGGCAGUGAUUAGCUCAUCGAUCACGCAGCACUCAGUACGUCUGCUCAUUGACACAGGAUCCGAGCUCACCUUCGUCUCGGAGAAUCUCAUUCGGCAGCUCAACAUCCCUCGUCAAUACUCAGGUAUUGUCAUCACUGGAAUUGCAGGCAAGGAGUGUACUCGGACACGAGGAGUCGUGUCACUCACGUUACGCUCGACACAUUCCAACGCAGCUGCCACAAUUCAAGCUCAUGUCCUCCGGACAGUUACAUCAAUCUUACCAUCGUUCGAGGCGGAACCGGAAGAAUGGCCGCAUCUCAGGAACUUGGCAUUAGCCGAUCCUGACUUUCUCAUUCCACGGCCAGUUGACAUCCUCAUCGGCGCAGACGCUUAUGGGCAAAUCAUCAAGUCCAAUGUCAUCAGGCAUUCUCCACUCAUGCCGAUAGCACAACUCUCCAUUUUCGGAUGGCUCGUUUUGGGACCAGUCAAGAGAGAAGCAACACGCACAUCAACGCACCAUGCUUGA